AUGUUUGGUAAAGCAUAUGGUGAAGCGUAUAAUGAACCAUAUGAUGAAGUGUAUGGUGAAGCAUAUGGUGAAGCAUAUGGUGAAGCAUAUGGUGAAGCAUAUGGUGAAGUGUAUGGAGAAGCAUAUGGUAAGGCGUAUAGUGAAGCAUAUGUUGAAGCAUAUGGUGAAGCGUAUAGUGAAGCGUAUGGUGAAGCAUUUGGUGAAGCAUAUGAUGAAGCAUAUCGUGAAGUGUAUGGUAGAGCGAAUGGUAAAGUGUAUAGUGAAGUAUAUGGUGAAGCGUAUAAUGAACCAUAUGAUGAAGUGUAUGGUGAAGCAUAUGGUGAAGCUUAA